GCCACCUCUACUGAUGUUGCGGUGGUCCAUGGCCCAAGUGUCGCGGUGCAGCGGCCACUGUUGAUCCCUUAGUCGCGUCUCUGCUGGGUCUUUGUGCACCUCUCUCUAUACAGUCAGCGUCGUCGUUGUGUGCUGGUUGUAAAGACAGCGGUUCUGCUGUUAUAGUUUGUGCUAGUUGAGUAACAAGGUGUUCGCUUCUACUCCAGUAACGGCCGAACAUCGCAGCAAACAAGGUAACACGCAAACCAACCAAGAGACUACAUUUAUUCGCCCUGGAAAACUAGACAACGAAGAAGGCAUCUGCAACGACUGACCAAUCAGCGCGCCACUGGCCAGCUACACUAGAUUAAGCGCUAAUGAUUGAACCCGGAGAAAAGUACGUUCAGCUAAAUUGAAAGCCGAGCAAUAAGUUGACUGGCUUGGGGCCGAUCCAACCCGGGUUGCGGUGCGUUUUCUCACUGAUGGCGAGAGUUUGACUCGCUGUUCCUACUGCUGCUGCUUCUACUACUAUUGACUAGCAAAAACAAAGCAGCUAAAUGCUGUUGAAACUGAACCUGCGUAUUAGAUACGAAGCCAUCAGGCAACUCACAGACCCCAACGAACCAGGCGACCAACUUCGAGGGAAGCGAAGAUGAUAAAGAGUUGUCUAUCCACCCAUCUUUGAUGAAUGCCUCCGUAACGGAGAGAUAUCUUCGCCCUAGCGGUGGUGCUCGUAAGAUCUCGUUCGUACCGACUGUGGCAGUCGUAGUGAUUCCCAGUGCGAGCGGGAUGAGGAAUAACUGAGCAGGGGACCAUGUGAGAGUUGCCCCGACUGCUGCAAUAACAACGACAACCAAAAACAAGGCGCGUUUUGAACGAUGUUAAAAACAAGGCGGCAACGACGAUAACACCAACAAAAGCAUCAGCAAGAACAACGACGACGAAAUCUAGGUGGCAGCGGCGGCGGCGGCGGCGACGACGACGACGACAACAACAACAACAACAACAACAACACGUUCAGAGGUCUCAGCUCCAACUCUGCCAGAAGAACAUCGACAGAAGUCGCUUGAGCAACUGCUGGAUACCAGGUAAUAGUAUGGGUCUUGCUAACAGCAGAAUCCUGAGCGAUUGAGUGUCUGCGUGCUGCAGUGCAUCGUGAACCGUAUCGUGAUUCCAUAGUAGAGCGACGUCAAACGGUGGAUAUGUUAUGAGACGAGCGAUAUUAUUACGCUUCGAUACGGUACAUUUUGCACUACUAGAAAUAACGAAAAAAAUUGUGACAACGACCACAGCAGUAGUCGCGUUUGAGGUGCCGUACACCAAACCGGAACAUACACCUAGUAAACCUAAUCAAUAAUGCCCAGCCUAAUCUCACUACUGUUUAUGCAUUGGGUUUAUUUAUCGCGACAAACUUCUGUGACACCUGCUGUACUGAAGUAACAUCCUAGGUCGGACCCAUUUGAACUAGAUGUUCGUACUAUUUCAUUCUGUGGGUAUCCUACGCCUGGUGACAGUCUCUCUGUCCAAAUUCUCGUCAAAAGCUGCAAAAUGAGCUAUGCUUUUGCCCACCUUUAUGCAUAGAAAAUCACCACCAACAACGAUAACGUUGAUUAGUACAAAUACAUGUAGGAUGAGACGCAAGGCAGGCUGGAAAAAGACGAAAAAGGCGCAGUCUCGAAAAAAAAAAACGUCUAAUGAAUAGCGUUCUAUCUAAAUUGGGCAGCUAGAAAUGAGACAACACGGGUAUUGCAUCCCCAGGAAAAAAAAACCUUCUUGGCCAGUUGAUCAUUUUCGUGAGGGUUCACGCUGAGUUUGUCGUAGGCCGCCUUAGAAACAGGCAAAGAACAAAUUCCGUAACUACUGGAUAUAAGAUUGUGUGUAACGCGUAGCGCGUGCGUGUGUAUAUCUGUGCCAUUGUACAUUACCUGUAUAGUGCCUUUUUCAACAGUGAGAAACCAGGUCCUGUGGUGAUAUCACAGGUUUUAUGGUAGUUUUGCGUUUCAGUGCGCGGUGUACAACGAGCAGGUCAAGGAUAUACGUGGUUAACUUCAUCGUUAUUACCUGUUGAUUGCAAAAAAGACCUCAGUAUUUUUUUUUUUAAUUAACGACAGCAAAAGCAACAAAAGGUGCGUAUUUCCAAAGUGAAACAGUGAACAAGAAAGCUGUUGAAAAUGGUUCUGGCCAAUGGUGCCAAAGAAGCAGACAACUUAUAUUUUCCCAACGCUUUAGGUUGGCUUGUCGCGCCAAAUGAAGAGAUAAGCAUUGUUUCUAAAAAGAGUGUUUUUGUGUAUUCAAAUUGAAGAUGAACACUGCUAUAAGCAGAGACGGCAGCAACGGCUUCAGUAAAAAAACACCGAUCCGCCGCAGAUUUCACUCAACAUCAUCUUAUUGUUGUUGUUGAAGAUAAACGCAUUUGCUCCCACUACUUUCCGUAGUGACAUUUAAACUUGGAAAAUAUCUUUAAACACAUGUGUUGGGGCAAAUAACGGCCGCACUGGACGUCAGCGCACUGGUCGCAUGGCAUCAUCACCGUCAUCAUUGUUGCGGUAUAUAUAUAUAUAGACGACGUGCUCCUUGCACCAACUCGCUGAAGUACUAUCUCCUGUGGGGAAAGUGGGGCAGCUUCUGUUGCCGUGGGUUUCAUGUUAUGCGUUGUGCCUUUUCAUUCUGUCGUCUGCCUGCCUAACUAACUGUGUGCGCUGCAGUGACGGGGCGCAUGUGCCGCUAAUUCAGAUAGCGUGGGGUUAACCUCUCUGUAGUCUCUUCUAUAGCGGCUAGCCUGGGCUUGCCGUUUUUGGCGGAGGCUGAGGCCGACCGAUCAUGCCCUUGUGGAUCGACGACUACAACGACGGCCGCAGUGGAUGGGUAGCUUCCCCUGCUGGCGCUGCUGCUACUGGCAGUGCUAGUAGCAGAAAGGCGAUGAUAGUGGGAUGCUUGGAUGAGAAGAUCCGGUGUAGCUUCUCCCGAAGUCCACAACGGUGGAAAGAAAGAGAGACGCGGAGAAAGAAAGGGAAAAACGGAGGGGAGCGAAGCUGAACCCAUCCGCUCCCACGCGGCAUCCGCCGCCUCUGCCACUUACAUAGCUACCGCAACCAACCAUCGCGCUGCCAUAGCAGCUGCUGCUUCCGCCACCGCCGCCACUGUGAGGGCAUCGGCUUGAAACACAACACAGCCCUGCAGCAGCAUAGAUGCCAAGUGUGUGAGGCAAGCUGCUUUGAAGGGACCCUCCAACCAGUAGCGGCCGCCGUGCAAUCUGACUUAGAGUAGUGGAGACUUCCUACCCACCGCGCAAAGCUAAGCCAUUCGCUACCCAGGACCCUGUGCCGCGCUUUCACUGGCCAGGCAAUGGAGAACAAAAAGAGCGUUCGUCUAACACAGAGCCAUUGAAAUAAGUAGAAGUUCCUUUAAGAGGACCUCAACGAGAGGCUAGGUCUGCAGCGUUGACGGUUCUCUCAGAAAUACAAUUGUGUGAAGAAGCUUGUACAUUACCAAUGUAUUCAGCCUAUUUUGCGUGGCGAGCUCUAUGUUUGUCGUAACGAAACGCAGAUUUUGGAUUUCUAUCCUGCGAUGUAUCGAGAGCACUCAGCUCGUUAAUCGCUUUUGUACUGACCAUGUCUCGCGAUGGUUUCAAAGCCGUCGGGAACCCUCCCAAUCUUCCAACAGUUUACGAGUUGGAGGACAAUCCAGCACAAGCAGAUGUAUCUCGACGGAUUCGUCACCACCUGCGAAUUAUCGGAAGUCGACAGAUCUGCCAGUACCAAAGACACUGCAGGACUCUCUGCAACUAUCAUCGAAGAUGUCUCGUUAACUUUAUAAGACAACAGGCUGCUUAAUCAAUGAUUUUUAGUGAAACAAUGGAUCAUUGGCUGGCUAGGUCCUUUACAGGAUGAAAUGUGUCCGUCGCUGGCGUUGUCACGCGACAAUUUGAUUGUGAAAUCUCGACUAACUGUGCGAAUGACACGAAUCUUCACAAUGGCUUCAUCAUCGUCACCAAGAGUGGAUGUGACGCAAUGUGAACUGCUGCUAGAUCAGCGAAGACGGACAACGACCCGAUGCCGCACUAUUGUGACGCCGUACUCCUUUAGUCAUUCCGUAUUCGUUUGGGUAGCACUAUGGGGAGUCGUGUUGAGCACCGCAGGCGUUGUGGGGGCGACAGCGGUCGAUCAUGACCAGGACAAGAGUGCCAGUCCGGACAUCAUCACGAAAAUAAGAGACGCAGCAAUGCCUAAGGAAUCGAUAGGGAUGACCAAAGCACUGUCUCAUUUCUACGAGGUUAAAUUGCCCUCACCGAUAACCAGCAUUUCGAGUGUGUCUGUGUCCCCAUCGACGGCGCACGUGUACUGGACUGCUGGGAUUUCAUCAUUAGAUGGGUCGACCUCGCAACUGUCUCUGGAUCGAGAUCAACCCUCAGCAGUGGGGCCGACUGGACGACCUGUUGAAGUAACGACCGAAACUGAAUUAGCUUCUCGCUCAAUUCGGCUUUUGGCCUACUAUAUUGAGCGUGACCAGCGUCCUGCGCGACUGACACUUGCAGAAGAGUUAUUCGAAGAUGGGUUGCGCCCGUCGGCCAGCUGCAAUGUCACAAUUUGUAUCAGGCGGUUACAAGUGGCUCGGAUGUCCUCUUUUGAACCUCAUAGUCCACGCCUGCCGUUACUCUCAACGCCAGUGUGCGCUACUGGGUUACGGGGACUUCCACUUGUUUUUGUGAAGCCUUUGUAUAUAGCAUUCGUCGAGAUAGUCGCGAUGAGUCUAGUCGUCUCCGUAAUCACCUGUAUAUUUGUACAUUAUGCUCUCGAACGCCUGAAGACGCACCUUUGUAGUCCGUCGCGGCAUUUGCGCGAUGGAGAUAGUGGAACGGAUGAUUUGUGGGUAGCUCCGACGGGCGAGUAAAAAAGCGGCACAGUUUCAAGCAGACGAGUGAAAAACGACCAAAAGCGAACUGGCUUUGGGGGCUUGCGUACUCUUGGAAGUACUCGACAGGGACUGACUGACCACGACGAUGAAAUGGUCGAGCCUAAAGAAGAGUUCCUUAUAAUUGGGUCGGGCGGUCACCGUCCGCCGUUAUCAUUGGCCAGUUACAACAGCGGCGCCGAACAUCGAUCGGGAAGCGGCGAACUGUAAACUUCCGUCUAGGCUUGACCAUUUGAUCAAAAUGUCGAUGGUAUCCCCAAACGUCAAUACGCGGACAGCCGCUGCAUCAACAACAACGAUGACAACAAAUAAAGAAUACGUAACAAAGCAAGCCACCACCACGUCCUCCUCUGGUGUUGCAGAGUCACGACACUUAUCGGUCGCCAGCACGACCAUUUCAGCAAUAGCAAAAGUCACGAAAUUACUGGCGUUAGUGACAUGUCUGCCGUUUAACAGGGGCAGCAACAGCGCGAAUGCGGCAAUUAUAAUUUUCAGCAAUUAACCCCUUGGAAACCAGCAAUACUGACGAGAUUGCCAGCAGCGACGGUGGAUACUGACGAGCAACAGGAACAAGCAUACUGACAAAUAGACAGACGACAAAAAAGUCGUUUUCGAUAUAGCAGACGUAUCUCACCUACUUAACAGAACGUAAAUAGAUUAAGAAGCAGUGACAUAGGGGUAACAGUAAAGCUCGUAAAAUGCGCCAAGAAACUCAGUCGAAAUGCAAAAAAAAAACUAUUAAAAUGGAGCUAAUGCUUUGCCAGCAGAAAGGUGCUGCAGGUCACGACAUGGACUGCUUGAAGUGCGUUGUCACCCGCAUAUCAGGAUUAUUUAUAAUCAAUUCAACUGUACAGCUAACUUCAUUCUAUAAGGUACACAAUUUCAACGGCUUCCGUAUCCGCUUGCUCUCCCUCGGCUCUACUAUGACCAUUUUGUCACCGUUUUAGACAAUUAUCGAGCCAUGAUAGUAUGAAUAAAAUAGAUGACAAAUAACGAUGAGAUCGUUUACCUUGAAAUCGACUGAUCGAUUUUUGAUGGAUCGGAAAGGAAAAGCGCACAAAUAAUCGCACGGGUCGAGGCAUAAGGCGUGACGCGAAGCAAAUGAUUGUCAACAAGUUAUGCUGAGAUAAUACACUGACUAAAAAAGUCACGAAAAAUGUUGCUUCUAUAAAAUUAAUAUGAAGAUAAACGGAAGAGUAAUUCAGCUCGCGACGAUAUAAUACUGUAAACAGUGUAUAUGGUGACUGCGAAUUUGGACACGUACUGUACAUUCCCUGAAAAAAUAAUUUGAAUAUAAAUGUAUCCAGCGGUAUGCAACAAACUUAAAAUCGAAAUGUUAAAAAGAAGCAAAUAAACCACGAAAGAAAAAAAGCACAUAAAUCACAGUAGUAGUUCGAGGAAUGAGGUCAAAUGUCCUUUGGCUCGUCUGUUUGCGUCAAUUUUGUUAAACUCUCAUCAAAGUUUGUCGAUGAAAUAGUGAUAGGCUCACCCUACCAGAUCACUCAGAUGACCGCCUUUGCGCCUGUAAUUAAAUGCCUCGAAUGAAGUACGAUAUUAUUAAAGGAAACGCGCAAGUCUAGUGGCUGCAACGAUUUGACAAGUUUAAAGGCGACAGUGAUAUCAUUCAACACUUUUACGGGACGUCCAAACGCUUUGUCAUUAAAUAUUCGCUAAAAUGUCUUUGUAUAAACCAAUGAUAGUAUUUGAACACUUUUAAACAAAUAACGAUCAAUCAGUGGAUUUUUGAGAGGAAUCGCGCGAUAUUCGGCGACGUUCUCCUCGACGACGAUGCAGGCUACAUCAAGCAUUAUUUUGUAGAACACCUCAACUGGUUUGUUUGAAUUUCAAUAGCGUUCUUUAUGCUCAAUUUUAGGAAAGCUCGAAUUUUACGCAAAAAUAACUUAGAAGUAGCAGUUAGUACAGCUCCGUUUGCAGCCUGUAAACGGGUACAGCUGUUGCCACCAUUCUUCCUAGGGAAACAAAAAAUCGUACGUUUAAAACAUACGAACGGGCUUAGUAUAGACAAUUCAUGGUACACGCGAGGGCUAUCGAAAGAUGUAGUUGACUUGUUCAACGAAACAGGGCAAUGAAAAAAAGAAAUUGCUUUAGUCUGAUUUAAUCUAGGCCAAUGCGCGCUUUGCCUCUUUCGAGCAAGGCGUGGGUUCGUGAUUGAGGUAGGUUACGCGACCGCGAGACGUGUGUCUUCCUUUAUGAGCAUGGUAACAAUUCUCUGUUAGCAUUUAGUACAACUAAGAUAUGGAGCGAGACACUCUCUUGAGAAAAGUUUCUUGUAUAGCGAAAAUCCUGCUUCUUUAGGCGACAUAAAUUACAGAAUCAACAUUAAGUAUAGGGGAAAUCGACACGGAGUUGGAUGUUUAAUUUUGAAAAUUGGACGCAUUUGUAACCAAAUGAGGAAUACACAAUAUAAAGCUAACGUUAUCUGCCGUAGUAUUUACUGGUAAUGAAGUAAACCGACUUUUUUGUGAUCAGAAAUAUAUCUAAAGUUAAGUAUUGCUGCAACGAAAUUGUUUCAUUUGACAUCGUGACAUGUUCAUAUUAGAAUGCAAUCUGUUGUUAAGUUCGCUCAACUUAAAGAAGACGUUUAUAGGUAACAAAAAAAUAGUCAGAGUAAUUAUGGAGAAUCAAGAAUCAAUUGAUCCAAACUGACAUCCAAAUUGACAAAUUAUGUCUGUUCCUUUUUGCUGAAGCAUGUUUUCAUUCUAUCUUUGUUUUGAUUGAUAUUACAUGUAAUUUUUCACGCUUGCGUUCCAAAUAUCGAUGUGAUGAAUAAGCAACAACAAAUCGUGUGGGAAGUCUAGGCUAAGUUUGGGAUUUUAACUAUGUUUUGCUAUAGUACUGUCGCAAUGACUGUGCUCUUUCCUUGUUUCCUACCGAAGCAACUGAUUGAAGCCAUGCAAACGAAAAAUGGCACAGCGCAAUGAAGCUACGAUAGUAGUAGUAAUUAUGAGCGCUUCCAUUUUUCCAACUAAUAACCCGCGAACCCCACUGCCAUUAAUUAAUUGAUCUACAAAUGUAGCCUGUUAAAUUAAGUAGUUCGCUUGACACAGCAUAUUAAAUACGUUGGCUGGGCAAACACCUCAGUUCAGAUAGCGUACUAUUAUAGAACGAGUUGUAUAGAUACACCAGACGUACGCCAGAGUUUAGGAAUGGGCGUGCGUCUGGGAUUUUCGCUGGGAGCAUAAACCCGCCUUCAGUCAAUAGAGAAUUCCGGUUGGGCAUCUUCGCGUCGCUAUCGGAAAAUCUUAAGGCCACUAAAUGCAUAGACACUAAUAGACUAGACACGAUCCUACACAGUGUGCUCCCCUAAUAUGGUACUACGGGGUCUCUGUCUAUCGACUUUUGUACAAUAAAAGAGCAAUCAGUGCAGACUGCCUCACCCCCCAUCAAACUUAUGUAUUAUAAAAAAAAACACAUAGGUGGACAGCCAUAGUAAAGCACGUCCGUUUUUGUCACACUCUCGUUACGGCGCCUACUUCGUCGAAUGAAAAGGGUGUGAGGCUGCUGUAUAGGUUGACUUCUACGAAGAGAAGCAACUAGGAAGCGAUCUCUGUUACCGCACCGUCAGAAACAUAUCUCUCUGGUAAUGCUGCCUACAUACUACUGCUACUAUUUGGUCAUUAUGUUGCUCAAUAAAUAGAGCCGAUUCAAUUACUCUGACGGCAAACGAGAUAACAUUAACGUAAACGUGAAGUUACAGAGUAUGACUGUUAUUGUGAAUGCCGCCAGCCUUGGCUUAACGAUGGAUUAUUUCGUAUAUGACUGGAUCUACCUCUAAAUUAAGAACUUUCAUGACACUUACGAUCACAGCCAUACAGAUUUGAGCAUAGUGGUUCUUCUAAUUUGGCAAAAAUUGGCUUUUUUUUUUCUUCAACUAUUUACGUUUUCCUUUGCGAAUGAUAUCACAGUGACAGUAUUUUUUAUACACGAAUCAUGGGCAACAACACUCAUUAAAAACCACUUAUUCUUUUGUUUUUUCGCUUAAUAUCAUUCUUCUGCUUUAAUCUGAUUCACUGAAGUUAAAAUUUUGCGUUUGUGUACCACAGAGAUAAAUGUUGAGAUCAUCAAAAGCCGCCUCGAACUCGGCGAGUGCAGUACACAUUAUUUAUAGUAUAUGAUAUUUAUUUAAUAUUACACUAGUAUAAUUUAAAAGGAGGAAAACAAAAAUGCAGUUUUGUAUCAACCAGAGCGGACUGGACUGGGCUGGGCUGUGUAUAAAUCUGAUGUAAAUAGAGUAUUCAUUUUGACCCACUUUGACAUGAGCAGCAAUCACAAUGGUCAUAUUCAAAUAAACUACACCGUCAUCUUGUCGUAUGUAAAAUGCGAAGGGGCCUCCCUUUUCUGAAUAUUUAAGUAAAAUUCAUUAGCUGAUUAGAAGCGUGUAUGCCGUGUCUUAGACAUGUCAGAUUUACGGUUUCUAUUCGUAAACGAAACAAUAUGAGUAAUAACAUCUGGGUCAGAACGUUCCUAGAACAGUAUGAAGGCUAUGCCUUUAGUUACAGAACCAACAUGCAAAUAUACAUAAAGCAGAUGUAAAACGUGUUUGACUACCUUACACGAGAAUGUUCUCUAUAAAGGCAAGUAAUUUAUAAAUCUCCAUUUUGGAAGCUUAUUUGCGUCAUUUCAACUAUGGUUAUCAUUGCAUUUUAUAAAUAUUUUUAAGCAUGAAUCCGAAUACACUUGUAAAUAAGAAGUGCCAUUACUGGUAUAUUUUUGGCCAGAUUAUUGAAAAUGUUUUUGUUUCAAUAUGAGAAAAAUAUAGACUAGCAAAGGGGGGAUGAGGGUGGUUCUCGAAGAAGACUUUUACUUUUAAUUGUAGAAGCAAAUCCGAAAUUUAGAAAAUUUAUAAGCAUAGCAGCUCUUACAUCUGCUUACAUUCUGAGCCUAUUAUAUAUAUAUAUAUAUUAUCGUAUCCAAUGGUCGUCGAAAACAAUAAAACCAGAUUUUGUUAUCUAUUUGCGUGGGCGUUAUCAUAUUAUCCAUUAUAAUCUUGCCGAAACAUAAUGCGAUAAAAAUCUAUUAACUCCAAUGUUUCGAACGUUGAUAAGAUUCGACCUGAUUUGCUAGUAUCCACUUUGUGAACCGCGAAACGUUUAGUCUUCUAUCGAUAUAUACAUUUUACAUACAUAAAUACAUUUUUUGAGAGUCAAGUUCCAUUUCCGCAGAUGAUUGCCGAAAACAUCGGUACCAGUUUUCUGCUCGUUGUGGACCCUCAACCCUACACGUACCACGUGUUGGCACCCACAUUGAAGAUUCGUAUAACUGAAAAUUGGUUAUUCGUUUCUAUGCCAAAAACAGCUACGUACCAGUGCAUUUCCGUUUGGCACUUCACUCCUAAACUUAGGGUAACUAGAACAUUUAUAAAUGAAGUGUUUCCUUGGCGAAUCAUAUCUUUUACUGGAUAGUUGCUGAGAUGUCGCUGCGGUACUGUUGGCAAGUUGAGUUCUCAAGAGGACCAUCUCCUUUAACUAGUAGCACAAAAUAAACUUCUAUGAUUUGUGAAAGUUGACAAUUUAAAUUUUUAACUGACUCUUUAUUUGUAUUACACAUGUUAAACGAAAAUGAUUUUUAUUUUAGUUUAUAAAUAAGUUAGAUUAGAUGUUCUAGCUAUACAUGAUUUACAUACUAUUAGCAACCGAAAUUUAACAGACAUUUACAUCAGGAUUCUGGCUAUCUAUGAUUAUGAGCAGACUGUAGAUGUUAGACGAUAUUGACUUGAGAA